AUGACGAGCCUGGUGUUCAUCGUAGCUACCAUACUUGGGUGUGUAUCGCAAACUGACGGGUCGCGUAUAAGGAAGAGUUACACAGAUACGCAACUCGACCUCUUCAAAGAUAUCGCCAAGAAUUUGAAGGAAGAGAGCGAGCAUAUACCCACCACAGCCCAAGUGGUUGAGAACAUGAAACGAUUGGACGACGCGGAAUUCAAAAGGCUGGACGAGCGGAUUGCGAAGGAAACUGCGCAGCUCAGCGAAGAGCACAGCAGCUGUGGCACUGUAAAUUACGAAAGGGAUUACUCGCAUGCAUGUCCCUCAGAAUGGACUCUGCAGGCAGACGGCUCAUGCUGGGGCGAGCAUUACACGGGACCGUGUGAGGCCAUACAAACCUUCAAACUGUUCACUAAGGCCGACAAAACCAAAUUUGAGCACAGAUGCUGCGCAUUCUGGCCUGCUCGCGGAUCGCGUAAAAGAAGCGUUUCGACGUCGGCGCUGAUCGGCGGGUUGCACGGCAUCGUCGAUCCGCACGACGGGCAUAUCGUCCCUCCACGCCAGUGA